AUGGAUUAUAUUCAAAUAGCAUUAAUAUCAAUCCUACUUGGAUUUGGUAUAAUUCUUGUAAUAUUCUUUUUCCAAUCAGGAGGAAUCAAAACUAUCAAACCAUCAAGCAGAUCACCAUAUUAUAAACCAACAUUCUUAAUUCUUGGUAGUAAUAAUUCAGGUAAAACCAGUUUUUAUUUUAAGUUAUUAAGUCAUAACGAUGGUAAUACCACCAAAGAGAACAUAAGCACAGUUUCAUCGAUUGAACCAAAUAUUUCUGAAGUUUCAUUACCAAUUGCCAAUCCACAAAUUGGUAAGAAAUUCCAAUUAAUUGAUUAUCCAGGACAUUUGAAAUAUCAACAAUUAUUUGAAAAAUUAUUACUUGAAGAUAUUACAAUUCAAAAUAUUAAAGGGAUCGUAUAUAUGAUUGAUUCAUCUCUGGUUAAUUUCAAUGAUCAAGAUCUGGUUGAAUUAAUUGUUAAAUUCUUAUAUCAUUUAAUUGCAAUUACUGAAAAGAAACAUAAUGGGAUUGAUUUCUUAUUUGCAAUAAAUAAAAUCGAUUUAUUUGAUUCUUUACCAAUUCAUAAAAUUAAAUCAAUUUUAGAGACAGAAAUUGAUAAAUUGAUUCAUCAUGAAAUUUCAAAUGUCGAUAAAACAAGUGGGAUUGAUAAAGCUGGUGGUAUUGAAGAUGAUGAGAAUGACGAUCAUGAACGUGAUGUUGAUGGUAAUUUACGUGAGUUCUGGUUGAGUGUCAUUGGAUCACCUUCAGGGAAAUUUACAUUUGAUAAAUUGGAAGGAAAUAUGGAUUUCUUUGGUGGAAGUGUUUUGAAGGGGAAGAUUGAACCAUGGGAAAAUUGGUUAGAUGAAAAGGUUGUAAAUCCAUAA